AUGUGCCAGUCUGAAUUUGAAAAGUGUGGAAAUUUGAAUUUGAGAAGUGUCCCCUUUUCAGCGAAUGAGCAAAUAAUUCAUGAAAAAACCAAAGUAAUCUUUAUACCUCCGAUCGAUGACAAAGAUCGUUUUGCAAAGUUGCACUGCAUUGCUGAAUCAAGCGACAAAAUAAUUGAGAUUAAUGGCAAAUUAAUUGAAUACACCGAUCCAGAAAAAAAUGACUGCAUGAUUCCUGAUGCCUUUUAUGAACUCGAUCUGGGUGGAGACAGCAAACAGACGAUCCUCGUACGCCGUAAUGUCGGGAAUGAUGCCGCGGGAUUCUACACACACCCGAAUGAAGAUUGUUUGAACCUCGGACUGACCUGCGAGUUCGAGACACACUACUUUACACCAGAUCAAAGCGCGCGUAACCAUGCCCAAGAGUAUAUUCCACAAGUACUUGCCGAUCUGAGUGAAGAAGACAAACAGGAAAUGGUUUUGUGUGUAGGAGAGCUGGUCAUUACGCCUAGAUCCAUAUAA